AUGGUGAAAGCGGUGAAGGCGGCUACACCUGCAAGCCUUGUAAUCUCUACGUCCACAAAGGUUGCGUCGAGAUCAACAACCCUUAUCGUCACAAGCACUCUCUCAAACUCCUUCAGUAUAGCUAUCUACACGAUGUUGGUAAAACAUGUCUCUUGUGUGAAGAAAAGAGGCGUUGAUAGGGUCUUUGGGGCUACUCCUGCAAGAUUUGUCUCUAUGCUGUUCAUUCAAAAUGUGCAAAAAGACUUGAUGUCUGGGAUGGGAAGGAUUAGAAGAUGUCCCUGA